AUGAGAUUUAAAGAUAGUUUAGUUGUGUUUAGUAUUAACGCAACGAUUAGAGUAUUGGUUGGAAACUAUUUGGGAACCAAGAGGUUGGCCGCCUCUGAGAUCCGUUGCAUUCUUCCACUUAAAUACCACUCAAAGAUUAAUUUCGUCAAAAUCCGUUUGCCUUUAAAGCCAUCCUAUGAGCCGACGGUUAAAGUGAUGAGAAGUCACUCCUAUUCUCAAGACUUCAAUGACUUGCGAACCGUUGUCUGUAUUCGUCCCGUCUAUCAGUCCCGACAUCUCAUGUCAUCUCUCAUUGAAUUCUUAGCCUAUUAUGUGGUCAACGGAAUCAAUCGAUUCGUCUUUUAUGACUACGAUAUCGAUCACUACUUAAAGCAAUUCAUAUCUAGUCUUAAUUUUACUCAAAUUAUACCGUUUAGGCUGACGUUUGAUCCGCAAUUGAUCCACGCUUUCGGUCAAAUGGCAGCCAUUAAUGAUUGUUUGCUGAGACACUCGAAUUCACCGGUUAUUCUGGUGGACCUGGAUGAGUUCAUUGUCGUUCAGAAUCCACACAAUUCUAGCGUUCAGUCAAUGAUUGAAAGGGAGAUCCGAAACAAAUCCGUUUCAUCGCUGGUUAUUAACAACAGAUUCUUUUGCAAUGAAUUUCAAAGCCAGCAUCACUUCCCCCGUAUUUUCAGUCACAAUAAGAUUCAGGACUACUUCUGGAGGUCUGGAGACAGAUCUAAGAUAAUCAUAUUGAGGCCAAACACUGUCAUAGAUGUCUGGAUUCAUAGCGUCUAUAAAAGCAAAACAGGAUUUCUGAGCAAAGAGUUAAGUGAUAGUGAAGUGUUGUUAUAUCACUACAGAUCUUGUUGUGGUAUUAAUCAAGAGUUUGUCCAUUUAGAGCAUUUGAACCUUUAUUUCAAGACUAUUAGAGACGAUUACAGUGAAGAUAAUACGGGCCUUUUGGGGACAAACCGUAUAAUAAUAGUAACGCAUGGCUUCGAGAAUAAGAUCGACACGGAUUGGAUGAUCACCAUUAAGGAUGAGCUGCUCAGACACAGCGAUCAGACCGUCGCACUCGUCGGAUGGAGUCGAGGGGCACACCUGCUGCCCGUCAGAUACAGACAGGCGGCCGCCAACACCGAGACGGUGGGCGUAUGGCUGGCCGGGUAUGUGCAGCAAAUGAAUCUGUCUAUCGUUGGUAUCGAGAUCUGGGGAAUCGGACACAGUUUGGGCGCUCACGUGAUAGGAAUUGCCGGUCGAAACAGUCGGGCCUUCGCCAGGAUUACUGGUCUAGAUCCGGCCGGUCCCUGCUUUGAGAAACGGAAGGACACCAAAGAAUUGCGCAAAACUGACGCACCAUUUGUCGAUGUGAUCCAUACGGACGGUUACUUCCCGUGGAUUGAUCCGCGAGAUUGGAUCUCUCCAGUCAAUCAUUACGGAACACUCAUCCCAUUGGGAACCAUCGAUUUUUACCCAAACUACGGCUAUAAACAGCCUGGUGCUAUUGGCCUCCAUAUUGCGGGCAGUCAUACCCGUGCCAUCGAUCUGUUUAUAUGGAGUAUUGCAAAUCCAGGAAAGUUCCGGACAUACGAGCUCUUAGAUGGAGUGCCAGAGUUUGAAAAACCAGUCAAAGAAGUGAAAAGAGACAAUAAAUGCGUUGAAAUGGGGUUUCAUUGCUUUUUUAGUAAUCAUACGACUGGUUGCUAUUAUUUAGAGACCAACAGCUCUGAGCCGUGGACUCCGGUCGACAAAACGGCCAAAUGAUAUUCACUUGUUUUAUGAAUUUAUUUAAUGAUUACUAUUUUUGUUAUGAAUUUUGUAAUCAAUUACUGACCAAAGGCUGUGAAUUUGUGUAAUUUUUUAGACUUUAAUAGAAAUCAUUUUUAACCACUCAUUUAACUACAUGUUUUACUAAUUAUACUAUAUUUGUACCGUAUUUAUAUUGACAACAAAAAUCCGC